AUAGCCACACGCUCCCUUCUAGCUACUACUUCGCCAUCUACAAGGAGUCAAUAGAGCUGCGUAUUUUUCUUUGUCCAACAAUAGAGCUCAACGAAGAAGCAAGAAAAUGAAAAUCAGUAAUCUGAAAUCCCAAUUUUACCUCCUCGGAUGCAGCACUCUCACCAACCCAACUGCAAACUUCUCAAUCAAAACCAAAUCCCAUCUCAAAUGUCCCACAACUAUACCAUCAAAACCAUUUUUGCCCACAAAAUUUCUUGUUAAAAGCAUGCAUACAGAAAAGGACAUCAUCUUAAACGAGGAGCUUACUCAGGUUUCUCCAAAUGGUAAUUCUUCAAGGUUUGUGGUGGUGGGAGCUGUAUCAGUAGGAUUUCUGUUGUUUUUAAUGGGAAUGGAUGAGCAAUACAAGGCAUUGGCUUUGGGGCCUGAAGGUCCUCUGGUAGAAGAGUUUUGGGACAACGUGAGGAGAUAUGCACUUUAUGCACUCACAGUAAGCACUGGUGCCCUCUACACCAUCUUUCUGCCUAUAGUGGAAUUGCUUAAGAAUCCCAUUUCUGCUGUCCUCAUUCUUCUUAUCUUUGUUGGUAGUAUCUAUCUUGUUUCUCAGGUGCUAUCUGCCAUGGUUGGUGUCUCUGAUUUCACUUAUGAUUAUGGAUAUUAAAUUCAAGAUAUCUUUCUUUCUUCUUAUGUUUUCCCCCCUUUCAAUAAAUUCACGAGCAUAUGCAGAUUCUGAGCAA